AUGGCGCUGGAAACUGGCAAUGGGCUGCCAUACUUAAGCCCUCAAUUCCGCAGUUAUUUCGAGAACUGUAUCGACCCCAUUGAUCCCUCCACUCUUCGACAGUUCCCACUUUCUCAAGAGACAACUACACCAAGUGCUCGAACCCUUCCCCUAAGUUCAUAUUUGUUGGUAUGUACAAAUAUGGGUUCCAAUUCUCAAGUCUCCCGGAAAACCUUCAUCGAAUACCUCAAAAGCUUCACAACGGCAAAGAUCAAGGAGAAACUCAACGAUGAGCCCCCCAAGCCGGGAACGCGUCUAUUCCCGACCAAGACCCCGAAGAACGACGAGAAAUCGAACUUUCGGGCUGAGGCAGGGCCUAGGCUUCCCGAUGGACGGCAGGAAGUCGUUUUUCGCUCCAAUGCGAAUGCUGGGGACAAAAAUGUCCGCAAGCAUGCAGCGACCAACGGCAAGGCUCCUGUGGCCAAGGUUACCAUAAAUCUUUACGACAGUGUGGGAGAGGAAGACCUUGAGCCACUUGCCCUCAAAUCUUCGACGAGAACCGUUAGCUGCGAAGUUUACAACAUUGUUGUUGCGGUAGUUCCAUUAUGGAACAUGACGGCACUACAACAAUGUAAACUCUUCUAG